AUGGUCAACCUCAACCAGAUCCCGCCUCGAAACGGCAGAGACUACUACUUGGCCCUGGGGCUCGAGGGCUCCGCCAAUAAGCUCGGCGUCGGGGUCAUCAAACACCCGUUGCUGGAAAAACAUUAUGAUAGCGAUCUUUCCCACCAUUGUGAUAUGCAGAUUCUCUCAAACAUCAGAGACACGUACGUGACUCCGCCGGGCGAAGGUUUCCUCCCAAGAGACACCGCCAGACACCACCGCAACUGGGCCGUGCGGCUAGUGCGUUCCGCACUCCAGGAAGCCGGCAUCAACGAUCCCAGCGAACUCGACACCAUUUGUUUCACCAAGGGCCCCGGAAUGGGUGCCCCUCUACACUCGGUCGUGGUCAUGGCCAGAACGCUCUCCCUCAUGUGGAAUGUGCCGUUGGUGGGCGUAAACCACUGCGUGGGCCACAUCGAAAUGGGCCGGGAGAUCACCAAGGCCGAAAAUCCUGUGGUGCUUUACGUAAGUGGAGGAAACACCCAGGUCAUUGCAUACUCUGAGAACUGCUAUCGCAUAUUCGGCGAAACGCUCGAUAUCGCGAUCGGAAAUUGCCUGGACCGCUUCGCAAGAACCUUAAAGAUACCCAACGAGCCUUCUCCGGGGUACAACAUCGAGCAAUUGGCUCUCAAAUGUACUAACAAAGAACGGCUGGUCGAACUCCCUUACACCGUCAAGGGCAUGGACUUGUCUAUGAGCGGUAUUUUGGGAUACGUAGACUCCCUGGCCAAAGACUUAUUCAACAAGAACAUCAAGAACAAGCUUUUAUUUGACCCACAUACGGGAGAGCAGCUCGUUACCGUCGAAGACCUGUGCUACUCUCUACAAGAGAACCUGUUUGCCAUGCUGGUUGAAAUCACCGAGCGUGCCAUGGCUCACGUCAACUCAAAUCAGGUGUUAAUCGUCGGGGGUGUGGGCUGUAACGUCCGAUUGCAAGAGAUGAUGGCUUCCAUGUGUCGUGACAGAUCCAACGGCCAAGUCCACGCGACAGACGAGCGUUUCUGUAUUGACAAUGGUGUCAUGAUUGCACAGGCCGGGCUUCUACAAUUUAGAAUGGGCAAUAUAGUCAAAGAUAUGUCGGAGACGGUUGUUACUCAAAAGUUCAGAACUGACGAAGUUUAUGUAGCGUGGAGAGAGUAA